UAUUUACUCUGGGUCGCUAGACGAGCCUCCCCUCCGCGCCGCCCUUCUCUUCUCACGGCUCGCCCCUCCUCGGCGGAGCUCCGCGGCGUCCACACCUCCUGCAGGGCCAGAGCUUAGUUUCGCCGCCGUUCGCUCGCCGCCGGGGAGAAGGGGGAGUUUUCGGAGAUGUCGGUGCUCAUCGUGACCAGCGUGGGCGACAUCGAGGUGGAUCUCCACACCGACCUGUGCCCCCUCACCACCAAAAACUUCCUCAAGCUCUGCAAAAUGAAGUAUUACAAUGGGUGUCUGUUCCACAAGGUGGAGAAGGAUUUCUUGGCACAAACUGGGGACCCAACUGGAACUGGGACUGGGGGUGAUUCUGUAUACAAAUUUCUUUAUGGUGAUCAAGCUCGAUUUUUUGAUGAUGAGGUCCGUCCAGAGUUGAGGCAUUCAAAGACUGGAACUAUUGCUAUGGCAAGUGCUGGUGAAAAUUGCAAUGCCUCACAAUUCUACAUUACCUUGCGGGAUGACGUGGACUACCUUGAUGAUAAACACACUGUGUUUGGGGUGGUUGCUGAAGGUCUCGAUACACUGACGAAGAUAAAUGAAGCUUAUGUUGACAAUAAUGGAAGACCAUUCAAGGACAUAAGGAUUAAACAUACAUAUGUCUUGGAUGAUCCUUUUGAUGAUCCUCCUCAUCUCGCUGAACUUAUUCCUGAGAAAUCUCCAACAGGAAAGCCACGUGAUGAGAUUGCAGAAGAGCGCUUAGAGGAUAGCUGGGUCCCUUUAGACGAAACAGUGGCUCCUGAGGAACUCGAGGAGAUGAUCCGCUCUAAAGAAGCUCAUGCAAAUGCAGUAAUCCUUGAGAGCGUGGGAGAUAUUCCAGAUGCUGAGAUCAAACCGCCAGACAAUGUCUUAUUUGUUUGCAAACUCAACCCAGUAACACAAGAUGAAGAUUUGUAUACAAUUUUUUCUCGUUUUGGAACUGUGACAUCAGCUGAAAUAAUUCGUGACUACAAGACUGGAGAUAGCUUAUGUUAUGCUUUUAUUGAAUUCGAGGCAAAGGAGGCUUGUGAACGUGCAUAUUUCAAGAUGGACAAUUGUCUGAUUGAUGACCGGAGGAUCCAUGUUGAUUUUAGUCAGAGUGUUUCAAAGCUGUGGGGUCAGUUUAGGCAAAGCAAAAAAAAUGCAAAGAAAGAUGGGUGCUUCAAGUGUGGUGCCCCUGAUCACCUAGCCAGAGACUGCGACCAAGAUGAACAGAAAAACAAAGGCCCAAAUUAUGUUUUGAAAGAUGAAAACACACAGCGUGGUGAGAAUCACCGUCGAAGCUAUGAUCUAGUCUUUGACGAAGGCAGUGCUGAAUAUUCUGAUAAGAAAGAUAAUGAAAACGGUCACAGAAGAAAGAUUCAAAGAGUAGAUGAUCAAAGAUCAGAGCUACCACCUCGGGGUGAUCAUGAUAAGAAUAACCGUGAGAGAACUCACAGUGAUGAGAAAGGAAGUAGGCGUGGCAAAGAUGUCGACAGGAACCGAGGUUGGAAACAUGAUGACUACCACAGUUACAGUAGAUCUGGUGAUCGAAGCUCUGGUAGAUACGAUGAUCGUGAUUAUAGCAAGCACCAUAGCAGCAGCAGAAAUGGGAAGGGUGAGGAAGAUUACAGACGUGGGGAUAAAUCUGAUGGUGAGCGCCGCCAUAGAGGAGAUGAUGGCCAUGAAAAGAGUGAUCGUCACAAGAGAGAUGAAGUUGGCCACAGGAACAGGAGCCCAGACAGUAGACAUAGAAGAGAAGACGGAGGACGCCACGAGAGAAACCAACACUCUGAUGAUAGGUCCUGUAAGGAGAGAAGGAACAGGGAUGGUAGAUAGAUUUCUGUACGACUGUCAGUUUUGUGUCGCUUGCUUUCCACCUAUGUCGCUACAAACUGACACAUAAACAUGUAUUCUUAGCUCAAAAUUUUCUUAAUGUAGGAGCUUGAGUGAUAACGAAUAUUUGUAACGUACAGAUCUCUUUCGGUCCUUCCUGUGGCACGUUUGCUGGAUA